CUCUGAGAGAUGCUGCCGCCUAUCGUUCGCCCUUUGAGGUCAAAGCGAAGGUGUGACCGUAGCUGAGCAAGGCCUCGUGUGGACUGUGAUUUAGGGCGUUGGUCUUCCUUUGGGUUUGCGCCGCCUCCGGGUCCUUCUUGUUUCCGCUUUGAAGUGUUAAGCGCGGCGGGCUUUCUCGUUUCUGUCGUCACCGGCACUUCCGGUUGCGUGUUUGGAAAGCUCUGAAAAGUGCAGCCCGAGCUGUCCCAGGUUGUCCUUUCGCAGUCCUAUGUUGUCCUGCCUUUCCUCUCGAGGCCUUUGAGGCUCUCUUGGUCCGGUCUGGACUGUGUUGGGACUCUGGUACCUGGUGACCUUGAGCUGACUGGACUCAGGGUGCCGAUUGUGCAGUCGCUUUCUCUGGCCUCUGAAGACGUGACGUCCUCCUGAGAAGGGCCCGAAGCCGCAGCCGGCGCGUUAGGAGUUGAGGGCAGCGCACUGCGAGCCGUGACGCCAAGCUGAAAACCGUCCAGGGUGUCGUGACAAGGUACUGCGGCGAUUAUGGCAUGAUUGAUGAUUUGAUCUACUUCUCCAGUGAGGCUGUGACUAGCAAAGUGCUUCUGAAUGUUGGACAGGAAGUUAUUGCACUUGUGCAAGAAGAUAAAGUGUCGAGUGGACUGAAAGCAAUUAGGGUGGAAGCUGUCUCUGAUAAAUGGGAAGAUGACAGCAAAAACCGCAGCAGAGGGCUGUCAGACUCCAGCCCCCGAGUGCUGAUUGGCUGUGUGACGUCGCUGAUGGAAGGUGCUGGCUACAUCAGUCAGACCACGUACUUCUCUCUGGAGAGUGUUUGUGAAGGUUUCCAGCCCUGCAAGGGAGACUGGGUGGAGGCAGAGUACUGGAUCCGGCCAGGCACAUGGAUCAGCGAGGCCAUCUCCGUGAAGCCGCUGAGGUACAAGCGCGUGGACAGGGUCUGCAUUUCUAGCCUCUGUGGGAAAAACGGGGUGAUAGACGACAGCAUCUUUUUCACCUUGGACUCUCUGAAACUUGCUGAAGGAUAUGUGCCUCGAAGACAUGACAUGGUCAGUGCCGUGGUGGUGGAGAGCAGCCAGUCAUGCUACGUCUGGAGAGCCCUGUGCAUGACCCCAGUGAAAAGACGGGACUCCUCUGCCUUUGAAGAGACUGCCGACGAGUUCUGUGGAGCACUUUUACUGAAGAACAAAGGUGACAUCGAAGUCACGAGGUUGACAAAUUUUGGAACGUUAAAAGAAGGAGAAAGGAAAAAUAUGGUGAUCUGGAUAGAGAAUAAAGGAGACAUUCCUCAAAACUUAGUCAGCUGUAAACUGGCUGGCUGGGAUAAAGCUAAACAAUUCAGAUUUCAAAUGCUGGAUAAAGGCCAGACAUGCCCGGCAGGGUCUCUUGUUCCUAUCCCUGAGAAGAAUUUUUCAGAUAAAAAUAUUGACUUUCUAGACAGCCACCAAAAAAACAAAACCUCUCAGGCGUCAGAGAGCAGUUUGGUGAACAACGGAGACAUCUCUCCAGAUGACUGUACCUGUAAAGGAGAAAACGGAGACAAAGAAAAGGCAACACCAAGGAAGCAGGCGACGGAGCUGGACCCCGGAGGGCUCAUCCCUCCAGGUGGAAAAACCCUCAUCGUGAUUAUGUGUGACGCAAAGAGCCCAGGCCGCUGCAGGGAGCUCCUCCUGCUCUGCUUCUCCAGCUUCACGAUCGGGCGGUUCCUGGAGGUGAACGUGGUCAGCGGGGAGGAGUCUCUAAUAGCCGUCCGAGAACCGUUUUCCUGGAAGAAGUCUAAAACUACUCCCACGUUAACAUCCACAAAAACUACAGUUGUCGUGACCGCACAGAAAAGGAACUCAAGACGCCAACUUCCAAGUUUCCUUCCACAGUAUCCAAUACCAGAUAGACUUAAGAAAUGUGUGGAACAAAAAAUCGACAUUUUGACUUUUCAGCCGUUACUCGCAGAGCUUUUGAACAUGUCAAACUACAAGGAGAAGUUUUCGACUUUGCUCUGGCUUGAGGAGAUUCAUGCGGAAAUAGAACUGAAAGAGUAUAACAUGAGUGGGGUCACCUUGAAAAGAAAUGGGGAUCUGCUGGUUCUGGAGGUCCCAGGACUGGCUGAAAGUAGGCCUUCUCUGUACGCAGGUGAUAAGCUGGUCUUAAAAAGCCAAGAGUACAGCGGACAUGUCAUCGAGUACAUCGGCUAUGUGAUUGAGAUUCACGAAGAAGAAGUAACUCUUAAACUUAACCCAGAAUUUGAACAAGCAUAUAACUUUGAACCCAUGGAUGUGGAAUUUACAUAUAACCGGACCACGAGCAGACGGUGUCACUUUGCGCUUGAACACGUCAUCCACUUAGGUGUUAAAGUGUUGUUUCCAGAAGAAAUCAUUUUACAGUCUCCCCAAGUGACGGUAAACUGGAACGACCUACAAGACACCAAACGUGAUGGCCAGCCCACCAGCAAGAAUCAGAAAUCCACAAAGGACCAAAGUAAACACGCAGCAGAGGAGAGGCCAGCUGGUGCCCAGGACGCACUGAGGCUGGCAGCCUUUGCCAGAAAGCCAGUAAAUGAAGCCCAGAUCCCCAAGGCGAGAGAAAAGGAAUUUUUCAAUCCCGUGCUCAAUGAAAACCAGAAGUUAGCGGUUCGAAGAAUUCUCAGUGGCGACUGCCGCCCGCUCCCGUACAUUCUGUUCGGGCCUCCUGGAACCGGGAAGACAGUGACAAUCAUAGAGGCUGUUUUACAGGUGCACCGCGCUCUGCCGGACAGUCGCAUAUUGGUGUGUGCGCCCUCCAACAGUGCAGCCGACCUCGUGUGUCUGCGACUGCAUGAGAGCCAGGUGCUGCGGCCGGGCGCCAUGGUGCGGGUGAAUGCCACCUGCAGGUUCGAGGAGAUGAUCGUUGAUGCUAUCAAAGCGUAUUGCAAAGAUGGAGAAGACAUCUGGAAGGCCUCGCGCUUCAGGAUAAUAAUCACAACGUGCAGCAGUGCGGGGCUCUUUUACCAAAUAGGAGUGAGAGUCGGACAUUUCACACACGUGUUUGUGGACGAAGCAGGACAGGCCAGUGAGCCGGAAUGCCUUAUUCCUCUGGGGCUGGUCUCAGACGCCAACGGCCAGAUUGUCCUUGCCGGAGACCCCAUGCAGCUCGGCCCGGUUAUUAAGUCCAGACUCGCCAUGGCCUACGGGCUGAAUGUGUCUAUGCUGGAAAGACUGAUGUCUCGGCCGGUGUAUAUGAGGGACGAAGACGCUUUCGGUGCCUGUGGCGCCUACAACCCCUUGUUGGUUACAAAGCUCGUGAACAACUACAGAUCCCACCCAGCUCUGCUGGCACUGCCAUCCAGGCUGUUCUACCACAGAGAGCUCGAAGUGUGCGCAGACCCCAAGGUGGUGACCUCCCUGCUGGGCUGGGAGAAGUUACCGAAGAAAGGCUUCCCGCUCAUAUUCCACGGCGUGAGGGGCGGCGAAGCUCGUGAAGGCAGGAGCCCGUCCUGGUUCAACGCGGCCGAAGCCGUCCAGGUCAUGCGCUACUGCUGCCUCCUGGCCAGGGGCAUCUCCAGCCAGGUGUCUGCAAGCGAUAUUGGUGUGAUCACACCCUACCGGAAGCAGGUGGAAAAAAUCAAAAUUCUUUUGCGAAAUGUUGAUCUGACGGACAUAAAGGUUGGAUCAGUAGAGGAGUUUCAAGGGCAAGAAUAUUUGGUCAUCAUCAUCUCCACCGUGCGGUCAAAUGAAGACAGAUUUGAAGACGAUAGAUAUUUUUUGGGUUUCUUGUCCAACUCAAAAAGAUUUAAUGUUGCAAUCACCAGACCCAAAGCCUUGCUGAUUGUGCUGGGAAACCCUCACGUGCUGGUCAAAGACCCCUGUUUUGGUGCAUUGCUGGAAUACAGCAUUACGAACGGUGUCUACACGGGGUGCGAUCUACCUCCCGAACUGCAGUCACUGCCAGACUGUGGCUAGACAUGCGCCCCCAGGACCGGAUCCACAGCCACAGUUGGUAAGGCAGGGCUGCUGGGCCUGGCGCCACACCACAGGGAGCUGCUGUCCCCGUCUCUGUGCUGGGGCCCCUGCAGCCUGCCUUGUACCCUAGCCUUGGCCGCGAGCGUAGGGGCCACGGGGUCCGAUGGAACCUGCUAUUCCCACACCGGCCCAUUCCUGCCACUGGACGGUUACUGCAACCCAUCACCAAAAUAAAUGUGCA